AUUUUAUGUAUUCAUGUAUAUAUAAAUCUAGUUGUUUUCCCUUUCUUUUUUUUUACAUUUCUUCUGAUUAUGUCUAUGAUCAAUGUCUGUACAAUGGAUAUAAACCGUCAACACCAUCGAAUGUCAACUCUUUAUCGUCGUUUUUAUUAUCAACCAAGCAGCAGUACUGUUGAUAGUUUGAGUACAACCACUUCUGUAUCUUCUUCUUCUUCUUCGUUUGAAGUGAUCUUUUCAAGGUUAUUGGAUGCUUUGAUUUUUACUUCAGCUAUUGCCAUUACAGCUUAUAGCUAUCUGACUGGUACUCUGCUCGUAAACACUACUCCUAAUAACAAUAUUGAAGCACCACCCACAGCUGGCUCACAUUCUCCUUCAUUAUUACAUCAUCACCGCCAUCAUCAUCAUCAUCUGUAUACCAACAAAAAGAAUCCUCAAGAACAAGACCUUCUGAUGGAAGAUGCCAAAAGGAAAAGAACACAAGCAUGGGCAGAACAACAAAUCAUCGUACCCCAAGUCAAGAAAAGAUCCUGCUCUACUAGUCAUCAUUUCCCUGAUAGUAACAAAAAGUCUGUUUCUUCUUCACGAGACCAUAUGAAACGCGAAAAGAAGCGAACACAAUCCCUGCCAGUCAAUAAGAUUGGAAAAGAAGACGAAGUCUUAUCAAGAAUGGAAGAAAGACUGAAAUCAAUGAUUCAAGAAGGUCAAGAAGCCCUUUCAAGCCCUGUAAAAUACGAUAAUCAUACUCUAUAAUCUGUAC